GGCUGCCCCUGCUCCUCCUGCUCCUCCUGCUCCUCCUGCUCCUCACCUGUCACAGGACUACAUCCUCUCUCACAGAGACAUUAACAGACAGCGGUGCCAGCCACGCUGCGGGGUGUACGGCUUGUUGUACCGUGGUCCAGUGUCAGGUCCACACAGUGAGAUGCCCAGAAAGGCGCGCUUCACCUGCAGAGCUCGAGGCAGCUUGUGACUGAGUGCUGAGCUCCAUCCCGCGGUCCUCUCCAGCAGCAGGUGUGAAAAGUCAGUGUCAUGACUGGGGCUGAGAAUGAGGAUGAUAUUCCAUUAGGCGAAAGGAAGACUGUCACAGAUUUCUGCUAUCUCCUGGACAAGUCUAAACAACUGUUCAAUGGGCUAAGAGACCUCCCUCAGUAUGGACACAAGCAGUGGCAGUCGUACUUCGGACGGACCUUUGACGUGUACACUAAGCUGUGGAAGUUCCAGCAGCAGCACAGGCAGGUUCUGGACACCCGGUAUGGCUUGAAGAGAUGGCAGAUUGGAGAGGUUGCUUCUAAAAUUGGACAGCUUUACUACCACUACUACCUUCGUACCUCAGAAACGAGUUACCUGAACGAGGCCUUUUCCUUCUACUCAGCCAUCCGCCAGCGCUCCUACUACUUCCAGGUCAACAAAGAGGACAGGCCGGAGUUAGUAGUGAAGAAGCUUCGAUAUUAUGCUCGCUACAUAGUCGUCUGUCUACUGCUGAACAAGAUGGACCUAGUCAAAGUUUUAGUUAAGGAGUUAUCUGAGGAAAUUGAAGAUUACACACAGAGGUUUAACACAGAGGACCAGCUGGAAUGGAACCUGGUUCUACAGGAAGUGGCAGCUUUUGUAGAGGCAGAUCCAGUGGUAGUUCUGAACGACAACAGUUCUGUGGUUGUCAACAGCAACCGUCUGCAGGAGGGCAGUGUGCCCCCGCUGGAGCAAGGAAUGGUGGUGGGGCAGCUUGUGCUUGCAGAUGCACUCAUCAUCGGAAACUGUAACAACCAGGUGAAAUUCAGUGAGUUAACCAUCGAUAUGUUCCGCAUGCUUCAAGCUUUGGAGAGGGAGCCUGUAAACCUGGCAACACAGACCUCCAAACAGGGAGCGCUGGAACCCAAUGAGAAGCCAGCUAAAAGGGAAAACCCUCACAAGUAUCUGCUGUACAAGCCCACGUUCAGCCAGCUUUAUACCUUCCUGUCUGCCUCUUUUAAGGAAUUGCCUGCCAACAGCGCUCUGCUCGUCUACCUGUCAGCGACCGGAGUGUUCCCCACCGGACAUUCAGAUUAUGAAGGACCAUAUGACUUUGGAGGAGUUCUCACAAACACAAAUCGAGAUGUGGUGAACGGAGAGACGGUGCAGAAGAGGAAUCAGGCCCAGAAAGAAAUGCACUGCCUUCAUCCAGGAGACUUAUUCCCUUUCACCCGGAAACCACUUUUUGUAAUUGUGGAUUCUACAAACAGCAAAUCCUACAAGCAUUUCACCAAUCUGUUUGGCCAGCCUCUGGUGUGCCUACUAUCUCCUACUGUAUAUCCCAAGAGUGUGCAAGAUCAGUGUCAGCGGGGCAGUCUGUUCACUCUGUUCCUGUACAGCCCGCUGCUGGCCUUCUCCUCGGUGUGUGGCCUGAGCAGUGUGCACCGCGGCCUCUGGGAGAGGGCGCAGGAAUUUCUGCAUAAAGUCUACCAUGACAUCGGGCAAAUGAUAACUCGAUCACGGACUAUAGAUCAAGCCUUUUUGCAAUUCUUUGGUGACGAGUUCCUCCGGCUGCUCCUGAUCCGCUUUGUGUUCUGCUCCGCUGCUCUGAGGCUGCAUAAACUCUUCCGGGAGGCCCAGAGUUUCCCGGAGUCGUACCCUGAGCUCCCGAAGCAGGACACAGUGGAGAGCAGCCUCCUACAGAAGCACAUUUUGGAGCUGGCCACCAUGCUGGACGUGCAGAGCUUAUUUUGGGAUGAUUCACUGGAAGCAUACUAACAUCUUGUCACCGGGCAGAAUGGCACCAUGUACAUACAGACUCACUGCCAGCGCCCUCACAGCUCUCUGUUUUUUCUUCUUUUUUUUUUUACAGGUAAUGUUUUUUAGCAUAAACACGCUAAUGUCUUGCAUUUAACUGUGGGAGCAAAUGUAGUGCAACAUUAAUGUUCACAUGGAAAAGCCAGAGAAUAUGAUAUACUAUACAUUUCCCGUUUUGAGUCUCAGAAGCUUGGCUCAAAUCAUCUCAUAAAGCAUCACGUAAGACGUCGGUGUGAAUGAACAAGUGAGAGGCUGCAAAAGCUGUUCUACUCAUCAUUCCCCAUCAAAGUGUACAGUAACAAUCUGCAGCCUCUAACAAUAUCAGAUCAUUGUUGCCAGUCUUUUCUUUUUCUUAUAGUAUUUAUGAAUGUUUAUUAGAGUGAAGGUUGGGACAGCCUGUGUGACUUUAUCUAUCUAUAGGCUGAGCAGAGAGAACAAAAGCCUUCACUGUGUCUGUCAAUGUGAACAACAAGAAUAAUGUUAGCAGAUUAAUCGCACAGAGGUUGAAAUUUAAAAUAUUUCACCAAAAAAGUGUUUUCCUGGUAUUUGCCAAACAGCUGUUGAACAGCUUCACGUGUAGCAGGCGGGGUGCAUGAGGUUCUGUUGUGUGUUGGAGCUCCCCAUUGUUGUAAAGAUAUCACUCUCUGCAUUAACUAGCAUCCCUUUUAUCACCUUUUAAUAGUCCAUUUUUAAACUGGGUUGUUAUUGCUUUCCCACAUCACUGUGCUGUGACUGCAUGCCAACAGACAGAGAGGUUUCCAUGUAGUUGUUUUAUUCCACAUAGAAUGACCUCUGCCUUUGAGGAUAUGAAAGGGUUGUAGGGUUAAAUGGCAUGGGGUUGGGAGGUAAAUGGAGCCAGUGCAUGUGUUGCAUGCGCCUGUACAUUUCGUAGUAGUGCCAACAAAUGAAGACAAUCUAGUUGAAUAACAGACGAGAUGAAGGAAGGUAGAGUGGUAUGCAUUUAUUCUCAGUCAACAUGCACCUUUCUGUUGUUACUUAAUGACACCACACACCUCUGAGCUAAGUGAUGAAGGCCUCCACUCAUCUUCCUCCUGCAGACGCGCUACUCCUGACGCUUUACCUCCACCAUGUAUCCACUGCCUCAUGCUGACAGACGCUGCCAUCUUUGUCAGGAACUGGUAACACAACAAAUGGAAUGUAGUGAUAAGAGAGGAGCCCCGGCUGAGGGGGGGGGGGGGCCAACAAGCAAUCAGCACCACGGCUAACUUGAAUACUGUUAUAGCAUGUUCUAUGUGUCCCAUCACAUCAGAGGGCUUGUUUGGAGUUCCAACCAGCCAUUCUUUUAGGACAAGUGAAGCCAGUAUCUACACUGAACAAAAUGAAACGUUGACUUUAACGAAAUGUAUUAUGUCAACAGAUUUAAACUGCAUUAAUAUUACAUUUAAUUGAAAAAUAUUAGGUUCAGCUUAAUAUUAUUGCUUUCAACUAACCUAUUACAGUUAUGUGAAAUCUGUUGACAUAACGCAUUUCAUUAAAGUCGCUGUUUGAGUUUUUUCAGUGCAGUGGAUCAUACAGACACCCUGCAGCGCUCCACCAGCCGGCAUGGUGAAGUGGACCACUGGAAACAUCUUAUUACACACACUGAUACUCCUACUUAUUCUUAAUUAUUGUGUCUUAAUUGAACAAGGACCAUACAUAAAAACAAACAAACAAUCAUCACAAAAAAAAAAAGAGGAGAUGAUUUGUCAGAUUGAACUUUGAGCUAAUUUCCAUCUUCAGUCCCUGGGCAGGAACACACAAAACAUUUAUGACAUACACUCUUUCACGAUAACAAUUUAAAAGUAGACCAAAGCACAGAUCAACAUAUAAAUACCAGCACAUUUAUCAGUACAUCUAAAAUAUUUUAAUAUUCAUUUGAACUUGUUCUUGUGACUAUAGUUCUGCUGAUGCUGUGUGUUCAGACCGUGCUCACUGCCUCUCCCCUGGCCUCUCCCCUGGCCUCUCCCCUGGCCUCUCCCCUGGCCUCUCCCCUGGCC